UAUGAUCAAAUACGUUGCAACACCACCGCUUGUUGAUUCUGUUUUGAUGGCGCUCAGGCAUCAAAUGCGCAUGACUACUCCAGAAGACCUCUCUUCGACAGUAUCCUGGAGAGAUUGGGCCCAGGGUUGACGGAAUAAAUAAUCUGGAAUUCGUAUUCCAGUCUGAGAUGAGCUCUACAGGUAUACAGACAAAACGUCGGAAGUGAAAGCCUAACAUACAUGGAUUCCAUAUUUUUUCAUUGAAAGAUUUGGUUGAAUAUAAAAAAAAAGAUAUAUACAAAAGUCGAAUACACUUUUACACCGUUCACUAAUUUACUAAAAGUGUGUUAAUAUAUUGAACUUCGUAAUUCAAAACUUUAAUGUGAGUUUAAUAUGCUUAAGAUGUUCAAAAAUGAAGAAAAUCAAUUAUAUGCAGCUCUUGUGAAAAUUUGUAACCUAUAUUGAAGAGUGUGUGUGUUUUAAACUGUGGAAACAAUGCGAAAAAUCAUAUAAAUACCAGAUGUUCAUCCAAUAUUGGCAAAGAAAUAUCAACGGCUUAUACUUAUUACGGUCUGUGCGAGUACACAACAGGAUUUGAAUUAUUUGCGAAUAAUCGAUAUUUUCAUCACAUCGAAAUAAAUGCAAUACUCUUCAAUCAUUGAGUGUGGGAGUAAGAAAUAAGAUGAGACUAAGUCUCUUCUGGUGAAAAGCUGCUGAGAAAAAAAAACAUGUUUUCAUUGCCGUCUAUAGUGCGAAGUGUUUAAUCUUUUGAAAGUGGAUAAUAUAAAAAAAAAUCUUGUUGAAGUGCAGAAACCUUUUGCGAGGUUCAUUCAUUAGAUAGAACAAGCAGCACUACCAACGAUUCUACAAUGUUGCCCACGAAUGUUAUGUCGUUUAUGAAAAAGAUGGUUGCGCCGGAGGAAGUACCGCAACACAACAUGGAAAAUACUGGAACCUUUGGAAAACUGAAGCAAACAUUAUCAUCAUCACUUCUUACAGCUCAAGAUAGAGUAAAUAAAAUGUCACCCAGACCUUCUUUGAUUCCUGAUACUGAAAGCAGUGGACAAUCUGAGCCGACGGUAGGACUACUACAGUCAAGUAGAACUUCGGAAGCUCCAAAGCCAGUGGGACGAUCUGGAUCAUGCCGAAUUUGUUUGAAAGCUUUUAAACCAAAUGAGUUCAGUAAAACUUGCGUAGAAUGCGAUCAGAAAGUAUGCGAGGAUUGUGCCAGUUAUAGCAAAUUAGACGAGUGUGAAUUUAUGGAAACAUGGCGCUGUAGUGUAUGUCGUAGAAAAAUGGCUUCAAGAGUAUUCAUUCCACAAGAGUCUACAGAUUCCGUUUUAGAAAUUCCUGUAUUGGAGACUCUGCAACGGCGUCAUUCCGACGUUAAACUCGGAUCUACGCAAUGCUUAGGAGUGGACAAUGGUGCAGCUUUGGUACCGCCUAGAAGCCCAGAGCUGAGGCGACAUUCAGACGUCUCACCAGCGUCACUCAAAGAAUUAGAAAAAUUGAAGGGUACAAAUGCAGCUGACACUGACUGGAGGAAAGGCCACAGUGCAGCACCAAGCAGAUCAAAUAGUCCUCCACGUCGUAUGGAAUUAGAGACCGCUACAUCCCGAAUAGCUUCAAGGCGACCGUCAAUGCGAAUGACUAGACAGCGUAGUUACGAUGACGAAAUGAAAUCUAACAAUGAAUCAAAAAUAAUGGAACCUAGUCUAGGACUACCAGCCCCCAUGCCUCGAAGAAAAUCUGCAUAUGAUGUAUAUGCCCCUGGAGUUUUAGCAAGUGCUUUGCAAGCUGCAUCGCUGAAGGAACCUGAAGCACCAGGAUCCAGAAGGCCUUCGUUCAAAAUGCCUGUCAAUGAUAAUAGCUUAGAGCACGAAGAUAUUCCGAGUCCAGAUCACAUCAUACAAACGGCUCUAACAGUGGACGAGGAGCGAAGAAAUAAGCGUCGUGGGUCCCAACUACCCGACAUUUCUGCUUUGCGGAAUGCCCAGAAUACCGGAAACCUGCCGGUUUAUCAAAUACCUGCACUUGAAGAUCUAGAGGCUCCUAGACGACAAACAUCGCUUGAUGGUGAAGCCAUCAAAAUAGUGAUCCAUGAUGUUGAUUCUGGUCCGCUUUGUGCUUCUAAAAGACGUGUUGUUUUACAAAAGGAUCCAGCGGACAAAGCACACAGAACACGCGGUUUUGGAAUGCGAGUGGUUGGUGGUAAAACAGGUACAGACGGACGACUUUUUGCGUAUAUAGUGUGGACUGUCCCUGGAGGACCUGCAGAGAAGGGUGGAUUGCAGCAAGGUGAUAAGAUUUUAGAAUGGUGUGGAACAUCAUUGGUAGACCGAAGCUUCGAAGAAGUUUGCGCUAUUAUGGAUAGGACUGGUGAUGUUAUAGAAUUGCUAGUAGAGCAUGCUACAGAUUUCAGAAUGUGUGAUUUGUUGGAUGAUGGGACAUCAGGAAAUCCUAAUAAUCACAUGAAGUCGAACACGGACAUGUCGAAUUUGGGAUUUACAUCAGAAAACGAACCUGUUGCUGAUAAAUCUCCUUCAUCACCAACUAGGCGAAAACUUCCCAAAACACCGGAACAACUAGCACGAGAAAAACAGGUUUCAGGGCGAGUUCAAAUCCAGAUUUGGUACCAUGGAGAUCGAAGCGAAUUGGUCGUAUCGUUGAUGGCCGGCGAUGAUCUCCCACCACGUGAUGAAUCGCUGGGAUAUGGAGGAGUACCUGAAGCUUACGCUUCGAUCAAACUCAUGCCCAAAACACAUGAAACACAUGCUGUACAGACUGAAGUAUCUUCACCGUCUGUCAAUCCGAUUUGGAAUGCAACAAUAACGUUCAGAAGCGUACCAAGCGACACACUGUUCGAUCGAUACAUUGAUGUGGCAUUAUAUGACCUGUUGCCGCAAUCGGAACCAGUUUUCUUAGGACAAUGUAAAGUGCUGUUACAAAAAGCUUUUCUAGAUGACGUGGCCGUUUGGUAUAGAUUGGAGGACCCAAAACAACUACGUGGUGCACCUCCUACUAAAAUGCAUUGGUCUUCUCCACGGAACUCCAUCUCUGGAGAUGUAACGAAACUGAUACGAGGCUCUGACUAUCGAUUCCAAAGGUCAGUUUCAGAUGAUGUGGAUAGCAUAGGAGACGGUAGUUCGCUGCUCCAUCCCGACCACGCAUGGGCUUUCAACAGAAGAGGCUCUUCACAAUCAGAAACCUUAGAAAUUGAAACGUAUCAACUGGGAAAAGAUUUUUCCAAAUCAUUGCCAGGCUCAAGACGAUCUUCAUUUCAAGAUCAAGAUAAGAGUAAAAGUGGGGAAAUAACACCAAUCCUCACCUAUAACCGUGAACGAAGAAGGUCUUCCGUAGCGAAACGUAAUCCUGAAGAACUUAGAAGAGCUUUCAACCAGAGUAGAGCAGAAUUCACGCGUACAAUGAGUCUGUCGCGUGAAUUGGAACGAAAGAACUCGAAGAAAUCACUGAAUCAAAGUUUGUCCGAGAGAACUACAGAUAAAAUUGAACGUAGAAUGUCCUCCCUCAAAGUAAAAACGGAUAGCACCCUUGACAUACCAUCAGACACCAGCAUUAACUUCUCCAUCAAUAGUCUGGGCCCUGGUCAAAUACUUCCCAAAGGUAUGCAGCACAGCCUGAAAAGUGUUGGAGAGUUACAAUUAGCAGUUACUUUGGAUAAGUCAAUACUGGAACUCAAGGUUAUUUCCGCAAGAAAUCUAAUGCCUGAGGACUCAAAUGCAACACCAGAUACAUAUGUGAAGUGUUACUUGAAGGAUGGAGAUCGACUGAGACAUAAGAAGAAAACCAAAGUUGUAAAAUAUUCUCCUGAACCCCAGUAUAAUCAAGUUCUUAAAUAUUCGGCAUCAGAGCUUUUUGGACGAACAAUAUUAGUAACGGUUUGGCAAAAAUCGUUAGGUUUCGAACAUAAUCAAAGUAUAGGCGGCACAGAGUUAUUUUUCAAUACAUAUAAAAUGAAAAGUCCUAUCGAAAGUUGGUAUCCAUUGUUUCCUUCUCAACAUGUUAUACCAAAUCAAAAUGAUUCUCCUUAGAUGUUUGAAGUUGAAUGACAUGUUCUAGAAUUUAGUACGAAAUAUUAUAAAUAUUAAUGAAAAACAUGUUCAUAAAUAUUAAUCAAUUAAACCGAACGUUCCCUCCAAUUUGUGGGUCGAGACACUGAA